CAUUUACAAAUAAUUCCCUCAAACUCCCAAGUGGGUUCUUCUUCCUCUCUUCUGGCAACCUUCAGAUUAUUCUUUUAUAUCAUAAAAUUAAAUUAAGUACUGGCGUUCUCCUCCAUUCUCCUACUAUGCUAUAUAUUUAAUUUACGCCGCAUCUAUCUCUCACAAUUUCAACAUGACUUUUCUAGACUUUCUCCGGGUCUGAUCAUCAUCAUUAUAAUCAUGUCUUCUUCAUCAGCUAAAAGAUUAUUUAAAUUAGAUAGCCUGCUAAAGAGAUCAUAGAGAUGAUGAUCCAGAAGGAAAAGGAUCCAGCAGUGGUGCAGAUGGUUAGGUUAGUUAACUAGUUAGCCAACGGCUAACUGCACGUGAUCCAUGGACACUGAUUUCCUUCUUGACGAUGUAGCACGAGCAAACUUUCUCCGAUCAGUAAUGCAGUCCUUUGGCUGCACUUAUAUUUGCUUAUGGUCAUAUUAUGAAUUACCCAAUUGUUUGAUCUUCUGGGAUGGAUGUUACCAUGAAGACAACAGCCAACCUAGUCCGUCGUCCGGAACGAUAUCUCGGAGGCUUUUCGAUGAGUACCGUAAAUCAGUUAUCGGCGUUGUUGAACCUGAGGGUGCCUUCUUGUUUCACUGUAGCAGCCGUGUUCCAGGUCUGGCUUUCAAGAACAGUCAGCAUUACAUUGAGCUGAAUGAAUCCGACCUUCAGAGAUUGGCAUCCAAUGAUGCACAGCGCCUAUUUUAUCGGGAAGCAAGGAUUAAGACUGCAGUAUUCAUGGCGUGCAAGAGUGGAGAAAUUGAGCUAGGCUUGUCCAGUAUGACACAAAUUAACAUGGAAACGGAGAUGAGCAAUUUGUUCCCGAAGGACUUAAUCCCUCGACAAUCGGCAGCACAAGAGAUUCCAGGACAAGUGCCUGAUCCCAAUCGACCUUCAUCAUCUUCAUCCUCAUUAAGAUCUGUAUCCAUGGAUAGCCCAGAAUACUCCUCUCUCAUAUUCAACAUUCCAACCACAUCCCAAAUACCAGAUACCCUCAACGAGGUUCCUUCAUUGCAUCCAAUAUUACCAACCACAAUUAGUCCACACCACCAAGCCAUGCAAGCAUUUGCUCAAAUGCGAAACAUUCAAUUACCAACGCCCGAGAGUGAGCAUGCUGCAAUGACAAGAGCCAUUUUUGCUGUUUUAACUUCCCCUACUUCUUCUUCAUCAUCAUCUCAGCAACAUCAACAUCAAAAUCAACCCCAGCGGCCAAAUCUACCUCUCAAUUACCGAGUAAACCCGCAACCGAGCGCGUUCAAGAAGUAUAAUUCAGCUUUAGCUCCAGCAUCUCAAAUGGUAAAGCGGACGCAAAGUAUGCUGAAACGAGCGAUUUCAUAUUAUAGGAGGCUUAAUAAUGCGAGACGUGAACAUGCGUUACAAAACCGCCCCACCAACACUCAAUUGCACCAUAUGAUAUCAGAGCGAAAAAGGCGCGAGAAGCUCAAUGAAAGCUUCCAGGCGCUCAGAUCACUACUUCCACCUGGAACAAAGAAAGACAAAGCAUCAUUGCUUAUUAAAACAAGAGAGUAUUUGAGCACAUUGAAAGAUAAAGUGGCAGAACUUCGUGAAAGAAACCAGAAAUUGGAGGCCCAAAUUUUUCCGGCUCCGGCUCCUGCUGCCGUAGCCAAAGAAGUGGGUGCUGAAGAAGCAAGAGGUUCUCCGAAUCAAAGACCUCAGAUACUUGUUAUUCCUGUACCUGAAUCAACCUCGGAAGAGAGAAUUGUCGACUUGAGAGUGAGUGUAACAGCAGAAUGUUCUAUGGUGGAUUUAAUAAUCCGCAUACUGGAAUUAUUGAAACGAGUUAACGAUGUGAGCUUGGUGUCCAUGGAAGCCAGUACCAGGACAGCGGAAUCAAGUUCUUCUAAUCAUGUAAUCUUCAGAUUGAGAAUUCAGGGAAACGAAUGGGACGAAUCAGCUUUCCAGGAAGCAGUAAGAAGAGUUGUUUCUGAGAUGGCACAUUCACAAUGACAAUGACA